UGCGCCGCUCAGCUGCUGAGUUUCCGCCCCGCCACCAUCAUCAUCAUCAUCAUUCUGCAUUUAGCGGUGUUUUAAACUGAACCGAAGCCCGGUGACUCCGCGUUGACCAACAAAAAAACUGCGCUGCAAAACUUCCACUGUGUUUCCAGGAGAACUUCUCAGCGGCGUUUCACGUUUCCGCACGGACUUUUUUAACACUCGGACCAUAAAUAGACCCCCUCCUUAGCUCCACAUCACAUCCACAGAGAUUUAGCAAGCGGCAGCGAUGACAGGUUAAUGAGGAAUACCGCUGCUUUCAUGACACACAUCUUUGUUUUCACGACAGCGAUAUCGGAAACGUGAUUUUUGCCGACACCGCGGCGCGAGUUUGACUUUAUUUCGGCGAUGGAGGAACCGAGUCGGCGGAAAGGAGUCAGCGGUGUCCUGUUCUGCCUGUCGCUGCUGUGUGUCAUCCUGGACGUCCAGCUGGAUGGUGUCUUAGGGGCGACCCAUGUGGAGACGGAGCACCACUUGGAGAUGGGCCGCAAACUUUUGGCAGCUGGUCAGCUGGCCGAAGCCCUGUCCCACUACCACUCUGCUGUGGAGGGGGACUCCAAAAAUUAUCUGACCUAUUACAAGAGGGCCGCUGUGUUCCUGGCCAUGGGGAAGUCCAAGUCCGCGCUGCCCGACCUGACCAGAGCCAUCCAGCUCAAGCCCGACUUCCUCGCUGCCAGGUUGCAGAGAGGGAAUAUCCUCUUAAAGCAGGGCAACACUCAAGAGGCGAGGGAGGACUUUGAAGCCGUGCUGCAGCGCUCCCCGGACCAGGAGGAGGCGCAGGACCAGCUGAUGAAGGCGAACGAGCUGGAGGAGCUGCAGGAGGAGGCUCACGCCGCGCACCACCGGGGGGACUACAGCACCACCAUCACCGUGCUGGACCGAGUCAUUGAGAUCUCGCCCUGGGACCCUGAGUCGCGGGAGCUCCGUGCCGAAUGUUACAUCCGGCUGGGAGACCCGCAGAAGGCCAUCCAGGACCUCACGCCGACCACAAGGCUACGCAACGACAACCGCGCUGCCUUCCUGAAGCUCAGCAUGCUGCACUACAGCCUCGGCGAACACCACGAAUCACUCAAUCACAUCCGAGAGUGUCUGAAGCUCGACCAGGAUGACAAGGAGUGUUUCAGCCACUACAAGCAGGUGAAGAAGCUCAGCAAGCAACUGGACGCUGCGGAGGAGCUCAUUCAGGAGGAGAGGUAUCAGGAGGCCAUAGAGAAGUACGAAUCGGCCAUGAAGACGGAGCCUAAUGUCCCGUUCUACACCAACCUGGCCAAGGAGAGGAUCUGCCACUGCCUCGUCAAGAUCAAGAGGGCUCACGAUGCGAUCGACGUGUGUUCAGAGGCUCACCAGAGAGACCCCCGCAACGUCAACGUCCUCCGAGACCGAGCCGAGGCUUUCAUCCUCAAUCAGGACUACGAGAAAGCGGUGGAGGACUACCAAGAAGCGAGAGAGUUUGACAGCGACAGCAAUGAGAUUAGAGAAGGGCUGGAACGGGCACAGAAGCUGCUUAAAAUCUCUCGCAAGAGGGACUACUAUAAGAUCCUCGGUGUCAACAGGAGCGCCAGUAAACAGGAGAUCAUCAAGGCGUACAGGAAGCUGGCGCAGCAGUGGCACCCCGACAAUUUCCAGUCCGAGGCUGAGAAGAAGGAGGCGGAAAAGAAGUUUAUCGACAUCGCCUCAGCCAAAGAGGUCCUCACCGACCCAGAAAUGAGGCAGAAGUUUGACGCGGGUGAGGAUCCUCUGGACCCGGAGAACCAGCAGGGUGGAGGCGGACAGGGCGGCCACGGCUGGCCGUUUCACUUCAACCCCUUUGAGUCAGGAGGGAACUUCCACUUCAAGUUCCACUACAACUAGAGAGGAGGACUUGAACACAAGGGGCACGGGGACUUCAUCGGACGGGGCACCGUAUGUUCACUGGAGGGGAAGCUAGUGGGACUUCUGUGGAGGAAACUCGGCUGUCUCCUCAGAGCUUGUGCUUCAGCUUGGAUGUGUAUGAAUUCUGUAGGUUAUUUUAACCUUGAUGAUUUGACUUUCAGUGUCUGUAUAGCCAGGGCUUGAGCUAUACAGAGGGGAAAAACUGACUUUUUUUUUUUAACACAAAAACAAUGGAACUUACAACGGUCAUUGUUGAAUUCAUUUGUCGCUGUGGUUAAAGACUGCAAAACGAAGUCGUGCAUCAAUGCUUCAGUCUUUCAAAACGGCACGGUGGUGGUUGAAAGCAGCCAUUAUGGUGCAUUUUCUUUUUUUCUUUCUUUUUCUUUUUCUUUUUUUUUUUUUUUUUUUAGGAGGGCGGGGAUCUGGUCUUGCUACUUCUUUCUAUCUUUCUUUGUGCCAUUCUUUGAGCCUUUACCAAGGAAGGGACUCCUUAUCAAUGCAGUAGCUCUUUUUGCUCUUUGGUUUGAAAUGAUAUAGGAUGAUAGUCGGUGUGCUGUCAGUUUGGUUUCUGCUCGCAGUAUUCUUCAAAGCGGGAAUCCUAAAGAGGAAGUUACAUGUUUCCCGUGCUCGCUCUGCAUCUGUCAACAUGUAAAGCUCUCUCAGUGCUGGAUGACAUCUAGAGACACUUCCCUGAACCUCUGCAGCGACAUGAAGUAAGAGAGACUCUGUGAGGCUGCCAGGAGGUCCACAUGAUUUUCUUGUGAAAUGUGCCCAUUUUCUGGUACCAGAACCUUUUAGCACUACAGAAUCAGUGUCGGUGUAAACAUUUUGAAAUUCAAUGAAUCUCAAGUUGCUGUAGCCACGCUCGUAUUUGAUUGCGACAAAUUGCUCUUGGUUCCCUGGCCUCCAGUUUUGAGAGACCUGUUUAUUUUCUGAAACAUUUAGUGAGCUGGCUGUCGAUUUGGAAUCAGAUGUGGAUGUGAGUAUGCAGACUUAAAUCCUAUUUUGUUUACAAAUAUUUCAUUUUCAAUAGGCUAUUUCAACUGCAACUGAGUGUAACUCUUUUGGAAGACGUGGCUUGACUUGAAUUUUCAUUUUUUCUGAACAACAAUAGGAACUUGAUUAGUCAGAGUUGUAGUAUUGUUUUCUUUCCCUUUUCAGUUAUUUCAAAGCAUGUCUUUGAGAACUUGCACUUUUCUCCUCUUUUUUUUUAAUAACCACUCCACUUCUGUUCCACUCCAGAAAUGUUGAUGAUAGUGUUUCCAAAGUUUUUUUUUUUUUUGGCAAGGAUUCUUUGAAAAAAACAAGAGUCACUUUAGUGGCAAGCCUGGAGCCUCAUCUGUAGAAAGCUCUCAUGAACAAAUCACAUUGAUGAAAUGCACACAGGCAGAAGUCCAUGUCACAUUUGAAUACUGGGCUUCUACAUGUGGUCAUGACUGUUAGGGGGCGCUGUUGCCACAUUAACUGUGUCGACCACACACCUUUGAGUGUGGGCCACCCAUGCUGAAACGGAAUAAAAAGCUGCACCAUAUUGUUGUUUUUGUCAGGGUGCAUGUUGAUAUAGUCAUGCAGAAUGUAAACAUGGGCUAAUUUACUGGAAUCAGUAUUUAAACCAUUCAACUUAACAUAUAAAAACAAAGCCUCACUGGUUAAAUAGUUAAGGCUAAUGAAACUAAAUAUGAACCUACAAUUCCUGAGGUACAAGAUUCAUGUGUUUGCAAAAUAUCAGUCAGGUGAACAGAUUAUGCCAAGGAACAAUUUGAAAUCUGAUCAAGAUAAAGUUGAAAUCCAAGUGCAGCUUUGUAAGUGAGGCUCCAGUGUCGCCGCCAUGCAAGACAUGCAGAACUACAGUAUGAGCAAAAACUUUUUUUUUUGUAUAAGAGGAUUGCUCACUGUUUGACUACAAAUUAAAUUAUUUUGUCAGUAAUGGCAGAGCUAUGUUUAAGUUCCACCACAUUUCAAGCAAAGUAACUAAAUGCUUUGAAUCCGAGUCACUGCUUGACUGAAAUGAAUGUGACAAAUCCUUUGUAUUUAAAUCGACUGCCUGGGACGGGUUUAUUCCUCGGUUUCUUCUCCUUCUUUUUUUUUUUUUUAAAGGGUUUUCUGGUUUUUAGUUGCGUCGGUUUUUAUGUUGCCAAACUGAGUCAGCUGACAUGCUCGAACGUGUAUUAAAAUGCUGAAAUAAG